GUCAUAUUUUUCAAAUUGCAAACACACGUUUUGAAGUUUAAACUUUAAUAUAUUAUUCUUUAAUUUGAUUUACACUGACCUAAACCGAUUUAAACAUAACUUUGUUUCUACAUUUCCUAUCGUUAGACUAAAAAAACAAAACUACAUAAUAUACUGCAGUAGCCAUCUGUAUAAUAUCUACACUCAUUGUAGAUUUACAUAAUAUUGUUAUUUUUUAUUUAAAAUCAAAUCACAAAUAUGACUGCGGCAUCGUUUCAGUUGGACUCGAACACUAUUAGAGUAAUACUAACAGAGGUAUUGGAAUCGCUGGGUAAUUGCGAAAAUGCCAACAACUUGGCCGAUGCAAAAUCCAAAGCGGGCAACGAUAUGCUAAAGGUUAUACAGUAUGUAUAUCCAAUCGUCGUUUCCAUUCAGAUGAAUGUGUUAAAAAAAUACGGACUGCCAGAAGGUCGAGAAGGUAUAAUCACGUUCACCAGAAGUGUCGUCGCGUUCGAAAAAGACGACAGAGUUGUGGCCGAUUUACACCGCCAGAUACGAUCGUUCUACUUGCCGCCAGUCAACGUCUCUACAAGCGCUGUUACAUCGCACGUUUGAACGUACUGCAUAUGAAAAAUGCCGUCUCGACAAAAUAAGAAACGCUGCUGUUCAAUUUUUUACUAACUUUAUUUUGUGUUACUUAAUUCCUAAUCGGUCCAAGCCAUGAGACUUAAUACGUUUUUAUAUUUUAUUAUUACUUAUUUGUAAAUAAUGUCUAGUCUAGUUAAGUUAAAUUUCCAUAAUACUAUAUUUUCACUAUUGGGAGACACGCUUUUCUAGACAUUUUUAAGAAUUUAUUAGAUAAGUUAUAACAUUAGGAUUUUUUUUUUCUCACUAAUAUUUGUUCAUCAAAUUAUAUGUUUUUUUUCUCCAAUAUUUUUGUACAAUACAUUUUUUUUUUUGUAUGAAUUUUAUUUACUCGUUAAUUAUAGUAAAUAUAUAAUUUCAAUUUUUUUUGUAAACUGCAACAUUCGACUAAGAUUUUGACUGUAAAUGAAUUCAUAGAAUACUAUCGAUUUAUAAACUACUUACGAUCAAUGGGGAAAUGUUAAUUUUCAUUUUUGGUAACGAGUGCAAAUAUGAAGAAGAAAAGGGACUAAAUUGUUUUAAAUUAUCGGGUAAUUAAAUAAAAGUUGUUCCCCAACCUUUCUUACACACUAAAUGAUGUUAUUUUAAUUAAACAGCUUUUCUCGAA